AUGAAGCCAGGGGUCUUCUUACAGGCCAAAGAGAUGCAUAAGUACCUAGGUAUGGGAUCUCGACUGAAACUGAAAGACUUCCAAUUCCCUGGCGAAAAUUAUCAUAGUGCCGGAAUUUCCAAUAUCAAAACUUUCCGUCGAAACCUCGAUCUCAGAUUAAGCCGCGAUAUGGACGAUGACGUCGAAGAGUUGUUAUCCGAGAUUUCUCAGUUUUUGGAUGAGCAGUUGCCACCCACACCGCUUCGGAAUGCUAUUGGCUGUGAAGUCGGCUCACCAACUGCCCCACACGCGAUGGAUGAACCUUUCCACCCUACGCAAUGUUCGUCGAACAAUAACAAGAUGGAGAUAUUAGGAUAUUAUCAUAUUGACUGCUGUCCCCCUGACCAGGAGUUGGUGGACCGAAUCAAGACAGCUUUCUACGGCGGCUCAACAAUUGAAGAGGGGCCCACAACCCAUGUUAAACGGGAGAGGAUAUGCGAGGAAUUUGUCCAAUCUGGAAUAGAGGAACGGAUCGAGGACAUCGUCCAAAAGGAGCUCGGUCAUGCAGGAAUCAUUCAGGGACCAGUGAUAGUCGGUCACAAUCCCAGACCCACUCAACUUGGGCCCAAGAUGGCGCAUCCAGUAAAAGAUGGGAUCUCGCUGUUCCGAGUGGUCGAUGGAAGUAUUAAUCCCGGUCAAGGAGUGUUCAAAAUAUAUCCCACGACACACCAUCAAUCAUUGGAAGAAUUUCAAGCACAUUCCGUAACCCCAAAACAGCCAAUUAUGGACUCGACAAAAGUGUUUGUUAUACGAGGCGGAAUUCGAUGUGAAAUUAUACCUCCAGAGGGCUGCUUACUGGUUUGGAUAGGAUAUUCUGUGAAACCAAUGUUUCAUCAUAUAAGACAGCCGUGCACGUUUCCUUUCAUGACAAAUUACGAAUAUGUGGAACUUCCGCCACUCGAUUCACAGGGUGGAAGAAGGAUACAUAAUUAUAUGAGAAAAAGCUAAGAGAGUUGAAUUGACAGCAAGGCAUCUAUUUCGUCAUUGAACCAUUGUUGAUAUUCUCCAGCAAGUGCCGAUAGGUCAAAACCAAGUUGUUGUACGUCAUCGUAUCGUCCGCUUUGUAGUUCGCGAAUGAGGGCGUUCUCCUCCUCACGAGUGAGGUGAGAUAAUCGAGAUAAUACUGGGAGAAGCGCGAAGGAGAUGCCUACGUUCCCCACGGAAUUUUCAAUUCUUCGACAUCUUCGUCCCUGACUCAGACCAGCAGAGACAAAUUUCCUGUCUUCCCACAAUCCCACGCUUCUCAGGAAAUCGUAACCAUGGCGAUAGUGACUUGGAAGGAGAUCAUCGUUGUCAGGCAACCCUUGCUUUUGUUUCCAUUUCUCUUCGCCCAUUGCAAGAUAUCUUGAUGCGAGCAGACGUCUAAGCUGGGCUACCGAAGGAUCUUCUUGCUCGAGCCUUCCCAAGAGGCUC